AUGCAGGAUCUGUCGAAAAUCGGGGGAUUUAGGUUCCUGGAAGUAGAUGGCAUCGCUGCCGAAAAAGCAGACGCGGGCGCAGAUGACUCUACAUUCAUCGCGGUAACCUCCGCAGCUGCUCCAGUGAUCGAUGAUGCUGAUUCCAUGUCCUCUGCCAGAAUCAUUCUAUGGUUAGUCAACACUUCAUCUAGUAGCUUGUCCUCGUUCUCGGUUGGGACAGGGGAUACUGCUUCUGGAUACGGGAAUGACAGGGAAGAAUCUGAUGAACCGACAGGUGUACAUACAUUGACCGCAGAACAAAAGGAGGAAAAUUCUGAAAUAUCGAAUUCUGGAAUACUCCGACCAAUCUCCGACACUACUUCAAGCAAUGGUGUCGACAGUGCAUACAAUUCUUCCCUGUCAUUCCCGUAUCCAGAAGCAGUAUCCCCUGUCCCAACCGAGAACGAGGACAAGCUACUAGCUGAUCCAGGAGACGAUGCAACAACAUCAGAAGUCAAUGAGCUUGUUCGGGUGGACGGUCACCGGCAGUGUACUUCCUCCACAUCGUCAUCCUCUUCAUCAUCAACCACUUCUUCCCCGCCCGCAUCACAUCCCUUCUCUUCUUCCUCCCUACCUGCAGCCUGUGUUCCCGAGGCUAUUCCCCCUGUACCGUUUCAGCUGAUACAUGAAGUGUUGACUAACCAUAGAAUGAUUCUGGCAGAGGACAUGGAAUCAGCAUCAUCGAUCACUGGAGCAGCUGCAGAGGUUACCGCAAUGAAUGUGGAGUCAUCUGUGCCCGCGUCUGCUUUUUUGGCAGCGACGCCAUCUACUUCCAGGAACCUGAAUCCCCCGAUUUUCGACAGAUCCUGCAUUUUGUACAAACCUUACAAUAAGCCAGUUGCUCAUAAGCGACGGGCCGGCCAUCCUAGGUUUAAAGUGCUUGGUCCCGACGGCAAGUGGAAGUGA